UAUUAUCGCACGCGCUUCCCUCGCUCGCUCUUUCCAUCGUUGUAGCAUUCCUUGUAAACCGUAUAUAAAGCCAGCCUUCUACCCAAUGUCUCAGCCCUUCAAAACAGACUCUCUUCGGCCCUCUUCCCUUCCCUCUGCAACCCUCGGUCGACGCCGUCCACAGCUCCCCACAACAGCAGCCCUCGAAGAUGGAGAAAAUCUCACACCAGGAGAACGGGCUCAGAGAGUAUUGGAGAAGGAGCAUGAAAGGUGGAAUGAAAGAAUAGACAGGGAUGUCAAGGCUUGUGUGGAAGGUUUGAAGGAGCUAGUUCAGCUUGCCGACAUAUCAACGGUUCAGCCAAAUUCUCUCACAUCUACAACUCUCCCCUUACACCUGCCUGUUCGAACAUCCUCCCUUAUCCGAUCAGCUCUCAACAUCCGUGAUAUGGCGCACGAACUGAAACUUUUGUUGCUCCUCUCCGAUGAGGUUGGUGUUGUACAGGCCAGGGAUAGGGAGCGAAGGCUAGUAGGAGAAGAGAUUCAGCGAGGUAGAGAAAAUGUACUGAGAGAGAUAUACAAAGGGUUGGGGAGGGAACUGGAGGGUGACGCCGAAGAAAUUGCCAUGGAUAAGACGACAGGUGCCGAGAGCUCUGUGAAGGACGAAAAGUAUCAAGGUGCAAAGGACGGUGAAGAUGUCAUGGAGAUUGCGUCAGAGGAAAGACCUCAGCCAUCAUCACCAGCAUCACCACCUGACGCUGUCCCCCAACUUACUCGGGGUGCGUUGGAAGAGGAGCAGGAAGUGAAGAAGGAGGAGGUAAUGGAGGUGGAUGACGACGAAAACGAGGACGACGAUGGCUUUGACAUCGUCGAGGUGCACAACAAUUCCAAUCUGGCCUCAUCUGCUCCUGCUUCUGUCUCCGCCUCCGCCCCCGAAGUUCCCACAAUAAUCAAGGAUGAUAGUGAAGAAGACGAUGACUUUGAAGAGAUUUUCUAGAAACCUUGUAGUCCACGCCACUUGUAGCAUCAUUUAGUACCCAGCAUUCAUUUCAUACCAUACAACACGGAUGCAUAUGCCG